CUAAACAAAGAAGCUGCCCUAGAACCAAGUAAGCAGUCGCCAUGGACCUUCGCGUCCCGAGCAUUCCACCGUUCGAUCCGCAUGCUGAUCCAACUUCUGUGUUUCAGCGCUGGAUUCGAUGGCAUGCAAGAUUCGAGAAUUAUCUCGUCGCCUCCCACGUCACGAACGACGAAAGAAAGCGUGCACUGUUGCUGCACCUCGCGGGAGAAGCCGUUCACGACAUUUUCAUCACGCUCCCGAACACGGGCACUCUUUACGAAACUGCGGUCGAGAAAUUGAAAGCUCACUUCGCGCCAAAAAAGAACGCAGUUUUCGAGAGACAUGUGUUUCGGCAAGCGAAGCAAGAGCCGGAGGAAACUAUCGACCAGUUUCAUGUGCGUCUGCGGCAACUAGCCCUAACGUGCGAGUUCGCCGACGUGGGCGGAGAAGUCCUGUCACAGGUUAUAGAAGGCACCGCGUCGACGAAACUGAGAAGAAACGCGCUCCGAGAACCGGACGUGAAACUGGAGCGGCUAUUGCUCGAAAGGCGCAGCCUCGAGAACGCCGAGAGACAAGCCGCCGACAUAGAGAGAAAAGUUUCGGUGCCGGUGAACAAGGUACCACCAAAGAAGAAACCGUGGCCCCGAAAAACACAGAAAAAAGAAGUCCCCCAGACGAAGACAUGCACGUGUUGCGGGAGAGGUUGGCCACACGACGGAGGCAAGGAGAAGUGUCCAGCAUGGGGAUCAACUUGCCACAAUUGCAACAAGAAAAACCACUUCGCCAACGUGUGCAGAACGCGCAAACAAGAGCAAGUCAGAACGGUUCAAGAACUGGAACCAACUCGGAGCGAAGACGUUUCCGAAGAACUGUACUACGUGCAGCAGAAACAGUCCAAGAUCCCCAGCGUGACUGUAGAAAUAGAAGAGUCGAGAUCGAAGUCUACGUGGACUCUGGAGCAGGAGUUGACGUAA